GCUGUCAGAACUGUCAAACAAAUUAUUGUUUUCAUUCAAUUUUUUAUAGAAAAAUAUCACAGCACUUUUAAAUUUCGAUUAAUUUUUGUUUUUAAAAUUCUAUAUAAAAAAGUUCCAAUAUGGAAUUACAAGAAACCACAGAAGAAACACAAGAGAGUCAACAGACUUCUGCAGAUAAGGCUCCCAAAAGGCGGAAUCCCUUUAGAGUUCAACAGCAGAAAGAAGAAAAAGAACGUCGACAGAAAAAGCGUGCUCGUCUUAUUGUCCGCAAUAUUAGUUAUAAAUCAACAGAGGAACUUCUACGCAAACACUUUGAACAAUGGGGUAAAUUGGAAGAUGUGAAUCUGUUAAAACGUGCCGAUGGCAAGCUGGUGGGCUGUGCUUUUGUACAAUACGAAACCAUUAAUCAGGCCACAAAAGCUAUUUUAAAAGGUAAUGGUAAAGAAUUUUUGGGCCGUAGUAUAUUUAUCGAUUGGGCCUUGGGUAAAAAUGAAUAUGUGUCCAAAAAGGGAUUAAAAGAAGAACCGGAAGAAAAGAAACCCAAAUUGGAAGUGAAAGAUGAAGACGAAAUAACGUCAGAGAAGGAUAGUAAAAAUGAUGAAGAGGGUGACCAUAAAGUAGAUGAUGAGGAUAGUGAUGAUGAAAAUAAUAGUGGAGAAAGCUGUAGUGAGGCUGAAGAAGAGGAUGAUGAGGAUGACGAUGACGAAGAAGAUGAUGACGACGAUGAAGAUGAUGACGACGAAGAAGAUGAUGAAGACAAAAAGGAUGUUAAAUCUAAAUUAGACAUCAACAAUGUAAAGAAAGAAAAGCAUAUUUCCAACGAUGUUCAGGAAGGUUGUACGAUCUUUAUCAAGAAUGUACCCUUUGACGCAGAAGAUACAGACUUACGUAAAGUUUGUCGUAAAUUUGGCCCGGUAUACUAUAGCAUAAUAAAUCGUGAUCAUAUAUCGGGACAUUCAAAGGGCACUGCAUUUGUAAAAUUCAAGACAAAAGAAUCUGCUGAUUUGUGUUUACAAGCAGCUAGCGAAUUUGUUUUAAUGGAUCAAGUUCUAGAACCUUAUCCGGCUCUUAGUAAAGAGGAAGUGCGUCAACAACAAGCUGAAAAGGAUAAAAAGAAUGAUGGCAAAGACUCGCGUAAUUUGUAUUUGGCCAGAGAAGGUCUUAUUAUGGCAAAUUCAAAAGCAGCCGAAGGUGUUUCUGCCUCAGAUAUGAAUAAAAGGCAUAAAUUGGAACAAAUCAAAACACAAGUUUUGAAAAAUUUAAAUCGUUUUGUUUCACGCAAUCGUUUGUCCAUACACAAUUUGCCACUCAAUUAUGACAAUGACAAUCUAAAAGACAUGGUAGUGGCCUAUACAGGUUUUAAGCCUCACGAGUGCCGUGUAAUGCGUGAAAAUAGAAUAACACCCGAACAUCCCAAAGGCAAGUCGAAAGGUUUUGGUUUCAUGUCUUUCAAUAGUCAUCAAGAGGCCUUGAUAGCUUUGAGAAAACUAAAUAAUAACCCCAAAAUAUUUGGCACCCAACAUCGUCCCAUAGUUGCCUUUAGUAUUGAAGAUCGUGCUGUGCAUAAGGUUAAAGAGAAACGCGAGGAGAAAUCUAAACUGAAUAAUCCCACCUUUAAGGAAAAACUUGAAAAACGCAAAGCUUUGAAACAACAAAAACGUGAAGGCAAAUUCCCACCAAAACCACAACACCGAGGACCACAAUCCGACGACAAAGAAAAACUCAAGAAACACAUUAAGAAACUUGAAGAAUCUAGAGCGGCUAAAAAUAAACCAAACAAUAAACCCUCUACCCAUAUAGAAGACAAUUAUGUGGGCACAGAAGCUAAACCUGGCACUGUCUUGCGCAUGCGUUCCUUUAAGAAAAUCAAAGAACAAUCGCAAGAUCAUAUGAAACGUGUUAAUAGCGAAAAGAAAAAGAGGAAACAACAAAAAAUCAAACAAACUCAUUUGGCUGAGCGUAAAGCUGAAAUAAGACCAAAACAGGGUCGCAAAGUGGAAAAGGAUGAACUAAUGCCUCUGGUAAAUAAAUAUAAACAAAUGUUGGAUAAACGUGCCAAUGAGGGUGGUACUGGUCCCAUCAAUCCGGGCAAAAAACCAAAACGCACUAAAUGGUAUCAAGAAUAGUAGUUUGAUAUUAAGAUUUUUAUUUUAUUUAAUAUGUUAAUUGUUUUGUAAAUACAAAUGAAAUUAUAAAGAAAAUAUAAUAAAUAAUAAUCUAUAUACAUAAAA